UGAAAUUAUCAUAACAGCAAGCGUUUCCGGAUUGUGAGUCCGUCCGUGUGGACGUGCAAGAUGAUUUUAUAAUCAGACACAGUAAAGGAAUUUAGUAAACAUGGAUUUGAGUAUGAAGUCAUACGGUGACCCAGAGGAUGUGGGUGUUUAUCCAUCAACUGGGCAUAGCACUGAAGAACAUGACUGUGAUUUAGUGGAGGUGGACAGAGGGUUUGAUCUACACCCAUCAGACCCUUCAUUUGAACUGGAUGACCAGGCAAGGAAACAGUGUUAUGACAAAGCAAGACCCUAUCAGUGCUCUCAAUGUGGAAAGACUUUCUCUCGCAUACAGCAUCUGUCCGAACACGUACGGAUUCACACAGGCGAGAGACCUUUCGAAUGCUUGGAGUGUGGAAAGACGUUCACCCGGGAGAGAGACCUCAAGACUCAUCAGAUUGUCCAUACAGAUUCAAAGGCUUUCCACUGCACGAUCUGUGUUAAAAACUUCGCUCUCUUGUCUUCCUUGAGAAGACACGUGCGUGCAUUUCAUCAAGGUCAAGAUGUCAACACGGAGGGAAAAUGCUUAAUCUGCGUUGAAUGUGGGAAAAAUUUUACAUGUCAAUUGGAGGAACACGAGUUGACUCACACAGGAGAGAUUUCCCAUCGCUGCCCGGACUGUGUCAACAACUAUGCUCAUCUGUCCACACCUCAGUGUCCUGACCCGACCUUUACUGAAUCAGAUGACUUGAACCAUUUGGAUGCUCUUCAUGUUGAAAAGCCUUGCAGUUCUGUGGAAGAUCCACAGAAACAAAUGGACAUGGACUCAAAUAGAGACGAUACCGAGUCACCUUCUCCUAAACUUGUAGACAAUAUUCCCAGUGAUGAACCGACUUGUGAAAACAAUGCACAGAGUCAAGAAGAACUGACCGAGAGAUCUCCAUCUGUGUCCCAGGAUUCAGCACUCUCUGUUGAAAAAGGCAUAGAAACAACGACACCUCUUCAUGAGGAAGAUCUUACGGCUCACCGGCCGGUUCACGAUGAAGAAAAGCCACACCAGUGCAUUCACUGCGGAAAGAGAUUUUACAAACAAGCAAAGCUUCGAAUCCACCUGCGCGUUCACACUGGAGAGAAACCUUAUCAUUGCUCCCAGUGUGGAAAGCAUUUCAGUCAAGCGGUGAACCUUAAGAAACAUCAUCGUACCCAUCAUACGGAGGAGAGACCGUACCGUUGCACACACUGCGAGAGGACGUUUUCUGUCUCGUUCUCUCUUAUAAAGCAUCAGCGAGUCGCUCAUCCAGAACGUUUGAGCGUUGCCGAACGCAACCGCUUUACCUGUCCUUACUGCGGGAAAAUAUUCGGACGACAUCAAGACAUGGAGCAGCACAAGCGGAUUCACACCGGAGAGAGACCGUUUCGGUGCAACGUCUGCAAUAAAAGCUUCAGGCAACGUUCGGUUUUGAUCGUGCAUAGAAAAAUUCACACCGGAGAGAAGCCUUUCGAAUGCUUCGUGUGCUUCAGACGAUUUUACGGUUCGGGAGAUCUGAAAACGCACAUGGGAACUCAUACCGGGGUGAGACCGCACAGUUGUCCCCUGUGCUCCAAAAGCUUCCCUCGUCCGAGUAGCUUGCAAGCGCACAUGCAGUCUCAUCUGAACAAGGAAGGUGAUGAUGUAAGCGGAGCUGAUGCGUUUAAUAUGGAGGGUGAACUGGAUGAUGUGGAAGGAGUCUGCGGUGGAUCAAACCCAUCAGAGAUGCUUUCGGAAAACCCUGGAGCUUCUGAAGACAAAAUAAGCACAGAAGAAACCUCCAGCGAUCUGGAAAAGUCUCAGACCCACACUUUGGAGACUGACAGCGCAUUGAAUCUCAGUGGUGAUGUCCACGAUGCCCACCAGAGUUCAAGUUCAUCCACGAGAGGUCUUUACAAGCCAUACCGUUGUGCCAUCUGCGACAAAACCUUCGCUCUUUUAAUAUCUCUGAAAAAACAUCAACUCAUAUUUCAUCCAGAUGAGCAUGCUGACACCGAGGGGAAGGUUUACCCCUGCUCUUACUGCGGGAGGAAGUUCGGUCGCCGUCAGGGUUUGCUACAGCACGAGCGAAUUCACACAGGUGAAAGGCCGUACAACUGCCCCACCUGCAACAAAAGCUUUCGCCAGCGAUCGGCCCUGGUCGUGCACAUCAGGACUCAUACGGGAGAGAAGUCUUUCCUGUGCUUUGUGUGCAAUAAAAGCUUUUAUACCCCUGGAGACCUGAAAAAGCAUCUGGAAAUUCACACCGGAGUGCGACCGCACAACUGCCCAAUAUGCUUUAAGGGUUUCGGGCGCCCCAGUUUCUUACGAGCUCACAUGCGAGUCCAUGAAAGCUUCACGAAGAAAGACGGCGACGGAUCAACAGACGGUCCAAACCCAGACUAUCCAGACAAACCGUUCGAAUGCUCUCACUGUGGAAAGAGAUUCAGUCAGCACUGCAUGUUAAAAAUUCACCAGCGCAUCCACACGGGAGAGAGACCUUACAAGUGCUCUCAGUGUGGACUGAGCUUUCGCUGGAGGAGAAACCUGUUAGCCCAUCAGAGUAGCCACCCGGGCGGUAACCCCAUCCAGUGUUCGAUGUGCGACGAUACGUUCACCUCCGAGACAAAUCUGAAAAACCAUCAAGAUGCCUUUCAUACUGGGCUCGCUCAUACUUGCGGUCUAUGUUUGAAGACGUUCACUCAAGCGUCAGGACUCCGCAAACACGUGCGCUACGUUCACGAAGGAGAAAGGCCUCACAAGUGCCCCGAGUGCGACAGAGGAUUCGUCAAAGUCGCCGAUCUCGCACGUCAUCAGCGCCGCCAUCACUACGCCAAGGGCAACGAACUCUUUCAAUGCUCACAGUGCGAACGAAGCUUCAGUCAGCCCAGCAGUCUGGUGCUCCAUCGCAGGACUCACACGGAGGAAAAGCACGAGUGCCCCAUAUGUAGUAAGAUCUUCAGUCAGGGCGGACACCUCAAGGUGCACCUGCGUACUCAUACCAAAGACAACAAACCCAAGUAUGAGUGCCCCGAAUGCGGCAAGACCUUUGGCCAAGCCAAAGAUCUGGCGGUUCACCAGAGAGUUCACACUGGAGAGAAACCGUAUCAGUGCCCACAAUGCAAGAAGAGUUAUCGGCAGUUCGCUCAUCUGUCCGUGCAUCUGCGGAGUCACACGGGAGAAAAGCCUUACCAGUGCCCGUUAUGUCUUAAAUUUUUCGCGCAUUCGUCGUCCAUGAAAAAACACCUGCGUGUAAUGCAUGGAGAGGAUAAAGAUUCACCCAUAAUGAAGAAAAUUGUGAAGAUCACUGUUGGCGUAGGCCCGUCUAGCAAAGCUGUAGAAGUAAAACAAGAACCAGACUCUGAUGACGAAUAUGGUGAAUGAGAUUAUCCACCGGCAUCUUCUUCAAAUUUUCAGCUUAUACCAAGAAUCACGUUUAAAGAGGAAUGCCAUCAUAUUUUCAUCUAUCUAAUAUAUGCUGUUAUAUUUCUGGGUGUGACAGUAAUAGCUUGUUCUACUCAAUGGACGUUUUACACAUCUAUACUAAAGUACUCGUAAACACGAUGGAUGUCCUGCGGUUUUGAUUUGGUUUUGCUGCUGCAUAGAGACAAUGAAAGAACUGAAUGUAAUAUACACGGCAUGAUCAAACACUUCAUUCCAAUAAUAAACAUCGUGCAAAACACAUCAUGUUAAUCACACAGAAAAUGCACUGUGUACUUGUUUAAUGUCAGUUGUUUUUCUUGUUGUGCUAUAGCAUAGAUGAUAUAUAAUCAUUCACUUUUGGAGCCUCAGAUAUUUAUUCAGCGAUUAUCUGUAACCAUCGAGUUGUAGCUUAAAAGUAAUUUUUCUGGUUAUGUCCACUUCAACGUUUAUAAAUCACACGGUUGUCGAUUGUUACAGAAAAUGAUUUUAACUCAACUCUCUGUUUGUUAAUGGAAAACAUUUAUACAGGCUAGUAGCAAAUAUGGAAUAAUGAAUUUUGCUGUAACCAAAAUAGUAAAAGGUGUACUUAUAAUGUAUAACAAACUAAUAAGUGUGUGUAUUUAAUUUUUUGGUAUUCACAUUUCAUUAAUUUCCAUGUUAUGAAUUUCACAAACUGCCUAAUAAAAGUGUCUGUAGAUUUAUG